UGAAACCCAUUUGCUUCUUAAGCUAUCAAAUUUCAAAUUCAUCACCCCCAAAAAGUUAAAAAAAAAUAAAAUUCACCUCCUAUCUUUAACGUUUCCGUCUCGGUACCUAUUCAACUCUCCAAUUUUAGGGUUUCAAACUCAGAAACCCUUCACUUACAACCUCUCCAACUCCCAGACUUCAUUUCACUCCAAUUCUUGGCUUCGGUCGCUUUCAAGCGGCAUAAGAAUUGGGGAAAAUGUACAUUAAAGAGAUAUGCUUGGAGGGGUUCAAAUCCUAUGCGUCAAGGACAGUGGUACCAGGUUUUGAUCCGUAUUUUAAUGCGAUAACGGGUCUAAAUGGGUCAGGAAAAUCGAAUAUUCUGGAUUCGAUUUGCUUUGUUUUGGGCAUAACCAAUUUGCAACAGGUUCGUGCUUCGAACCUUCAGGAACUCGUAUACAAGCAAGGCCAAGCUGGAAUUACUAAAGCUACUGUGUCUAUUGUGUUUGAUAAUUCUGAUAGGAAUAGAAGCCCUCUCGGGUAUGAGGAUCAUCCAGAGAUUACUGUCACUCGACAGAUUGUGGUUGGUGGAAGGAACAAAUAUCUUAUCAAUGGAAAACUUUCUCAGCCUAGUCAAGUCCAAACCCUCUUUCAUUCAGUGCAGCUCAAUGUUAACAAUCCACAUUUUCUCAUAAUGCAAGGUCGAAUCACCAAGGUCUUAAAUAUGAAACCCCCAGAAAUUCUUUCUAUGCUUGAAGAGGCUGCUGGGACAAGAAUGUAUGAAACAAAGAAAGAGGCUGCAUUGAAAACACUUGAGAAGAAGCAGAGUAAGGUUGAUGAGAUGAAUAAUCUUCUUGACCAGGAAAUAUUGCCUGCUUUGGAGAAACUAAGGAAAGAACGGACUCAAUACAUGCAAUGGGCUAAUGGCAAUGCUGAAUUAGAUCGACUUAGAAGGUUCUGCAUUGCCUAUGAAUAUGUUCAAGCUGAAAAUAUCAGAGACAGUGCAGUUGGGGAAGUGGAACAAGUGAAGGCAAAGAUUGCUGAAAUCGAUGAUGAUACAGAAAGGACACGGUUGGAAAUACAGGAAAUGGAAAAGCAAGUGUCAAACUUGUCUGCUGAAAAGGAAGCCAGCAUGGGUGGAGAAGUCAAAAUUUUGUCUGAGAAAGUAGAUGCACUAUCUCAAGAUCUUGUGCGUGAAGUGUCUGUAAUGAAUAACAAGGACGACACACUCAGGAGUGAGAAAGAGAAUGCUGAAAAGAUUGUUCAUAACAUUGAAGAUCUGAAGCAAUCUGUAGAAGAGAAGGCCUCUGCUGUCAGAAAAUCUGAAGAAGGAGCAGCUGAUCUCAAAAUGAGAGUUGAAGAACUUUCUAAGAGGUUGGAAGAGUAUGAAAAAGAUUACCAGGGUGUACUAGCUGGCAAGAGCAGUGGGAGUGAGGAGAAAUGCCUUGAAGACCAGCUAGGCGAUGCCAAGGUUGCUGUUGGGAGUGUUGGAACCGAAUUGAAACAACUGAAAACUAAAAUAAGUCAUUGUGAGAAGGAGUUGAAAGAGAAAAGAGAUCAGUUAAUGUCAAAGCGUGAGGAAGCUGUUUCUGUAGAGAAUGAACUGAAUGUUAGAAGAAAAGAUGUAGAAAAUGUUAAACAAGCAUUGGAGUCUGUUCCAUAUAAAGAGGGCCAGAUGGAAGCGUUACAAAGGGACCGCGCAUCUGAGAUGGAGCUGGUGCAGAAAUUGAAGGAUGAUAUACGGGAUCUUUCAGCACAUUUAGCAAAUGUGCAGUUCAUAUACCGUGAUCCUGUGAAAAAUUUUGAUAGGUCAAAGGUGAAGGGUGUUGUUGCUAAACUCAUUAAAGUGAGGGAUAGCUCCACAAUGACUGCCUUAGAGGUGACUGCUGGAGGAAAAUUAUUUAAUGUUAUUGUAGACACUGAAAAUACAGGAAAACAAUUGCUUCAAAAUGGUGAUCUUCGAAGGAGAGUAACAAUCAUUCCUUUGAAUAAAAUUCAAUCCAAUACUGUUCCUCCCAGAGUUCAGCAGGCUGCUGCUAGAUUGGUUGGCAAGGAAAAUGCGGAACUUGCUCUUUCUUUGGUUGGCUACAGUGAUGAAUUGAAGAGCGCUAUGGAAUAUGUUUUCGGUUCAACCUUUGUCUGCAAAAGCAUUGAUUCUGCAAAAGAGGUUGCUUUUAGUCGUGAAAUUCGCACCCCAAGUGUUACUCUUGAAGGUGAUAUAUUUCAGCCCAGUGGUCUUCUAACAGGUGGAAGCCGCAAGGGUGGAGGUGAUCUGUUAAGGCAACUUCAUAAUUUAGCGGAGGCUGAAUCUAACAUAUUAAUACAUCAGAAAAGGCUAUCUGAAAUUGAAGCAAAGAUCAAGGAACUUCUGCCUCUUCAGAAAAAGUUUAUGGACCUUAAAGCACAGUUAGAGCUUAAAUCAUAUGAUCUUUCAUUAUUCCAGGGCAGGGCUGAGCAAAAUGAGCAUCACAAGCUUGGCGAGAUGGUAAAGAAGAUUGAACAAGAGCUUGAAGAAGCAAAAGCUGCCGCCACAGAGAAGCAAGUUUUGUAUGAAAACUGUGUUAGUACAGUGUCAAUGCUUGAGAAAUCAAUCAAAGAGCAUGAUAAUAAUCGAGAGGGCAGGCUCAAGGAUUUAGAGAAAAAGAUUAAGGCUGUAAAAGUACAAAUGCAGUCAGCUUCAAAGGAUCUAAAGGGGCAUGAAAAUGAAAGAGAGAGACUUAUCAUGGAGCAGGAAGCAAUCACCAAGGAACAAGCAUCUUUAGAGAAUCAAUUAGCUGCAUUGAGAAGGCAGAUUAAUGGUCUCUCUUCAGAAGUUGAAGCACAAAAAGCCAAGGUUGCUUCUACUCGGAAUAAUCAUGAUCAGGCGCAGUCUGAGCUCAAUUCGAUUCGUUUAAAGAUGAAGGAAUGUGAUUCCCAGAUUAGUGGCAUUGUAAAGGAGCAGCAGAAACUUCAACAUAAGCUCAGUGAGACAAAGCUUGAGAGGAAGAAGCUGGAAAAUGAGGUAAAGCGGAUGGAGAUGGAGCAGAAAGAUUGCUCUGCAAAGGUUGACAGAUUGAUUGAGAAGCAUGCCUGGAUUGCAUCUGAGAAACAGCUAUUUGGGAGAAGUGGGACAGAUUAUGAUUUUUCAUCCCGUGAUCCUUUUAGAGCAAGGGAAGAGCUUGAGAAACUGCAAGCCGAGCAAUCAGGCCUGGAGAAAAGGGUCAACAAGAAAGUUAUGGCAAUGUUUGAGAAAGCAGAAGAUGAGUACAAUGAUUUGAUGUCGAAGAAAAACAUUAUUGAGAAUGACAAGUCUAAAAUCAAGAAGGUGAUUGAAGAGCUAGAUGAGAAGAAGAAGGAAACUCUAAAAGUUACUUGGGUCAAAGUUAACAAGGACUUUGGAUCAAUCUUUUCUACAUUGUUACCUGGUACAAUGGCAAAGCUAGAACCUCCUGAAGGUGGUAGCUUCCUUGAUGGUCUAGAAGUUUGUGUUGCUUUUGGAGGUGUUUGGAAACAGUCCUUGUCAGAACUGAGUGGAGGUCAAAGAUCUCUACUAGCACUAUCUUUGAUUUUAGCAUUGCUUCUAUUCAAGCCAGCUCCUCUUUAUAUACUGGAUGAGGUUGAUGCGGCUCUUGAUUUAAGUCACACGCAAAACAUAGGGAGAAUGAUCAAGACUCACUUUCCUCAUUCCCAGUUUAUUGUGGUAUCACUAAAAGAAGGCAUGUUCAACAAUGCUAAUGUUCUUUUCCGGACAAAAUUUGUGGAUGGUGUGUCUACUGUUCAGAGGACUAUGGCUGCAAAGCAGAUCAAGUGAAAGCUUUAUUUUAUGGUUUUAGCAUGCCUUGCCAGUUGGGAGCAUAGGAUUUGCCUCUGCAGUAAAUUCAGGCCGUUGAAGUUCAUGAUUAUCUUCCUUCGGCUGAUGAUAUAUUUUUGUAUGUCUGUUCACAUAUAUAGCUUAUAAAUUAUUAUUAUGUAUAUAAUUACCUGUGUGCGUGAUAUUGCUCAGUCUGUAGAAAUCCUGAAUUCUAAUAUACAUUUCGACCUCUUAGUUUUAAGAUACUCUGUAUCUCAUUCUCAGUUUUUGUUAUUACCCUCCAAAUGUAUACUUAUGCAAGUGGCUCACUUGCAUUUUUAUCUAGCUAGCAAGAAUUUAACACUGAAGU